AUGAGGAGUGUUUCCCUUGUAACCGUCGCACUUGCGAUGCCCCUGGCGGCGGCCUCUACCUGUCACCCUCCGAAGUGGACGGUGGGCCAGACAGUCCUAACCACCAGCGGUCCGGUCGAGGGGCACGCCGCAGCUGUAGCUUCAGAGGUUUCAGAGUACCUCGGAAUUCCCUAUGCCCAACCGCCCGUAGGCAGUCUCCGGUUCCAGCCGCCGGUCCGCUACAACGGGACCCAGAGGGUCGACGGCAAGAACUUCGGAUUUUCGUGCAUACCCUCCAACCUCACCGCCUUUGACGCGGAGUACCCCCAGGAACUAAUCGAGCAGUUUGGCAUCACCGACGUCGGGCUCGAGCUGAUCAAAUCCAUCAACAACCCGGGUAUUCCGGUGAGCGAGGAUUGCCUGACGCUGAAUAUCUGGACCAAGCCCCAGACGGGCGAGAAGCGCAAAGCAGUCAUGGUGUGGGUGCACGGGGGGACUUUCAUCUCAGGAAGCUCCGCCGUGCCGGACUACAAUGGCCAGUUCUUUGCCGAGCAAGAAGACGUUGUCUUGGUCACCAUCAAUUACCGCGUGAGCUUCUUUGGCUUCCCCGGCAACCCCCACGGGCCGCAGAACCUCGGUCUGCUCGACCAGCGCCUUGCAGUCGAAUGGGUCCGCGACAACAUUGCCGCGUUUGGCGGCGAUCCCUCGCGCAUCACUCUGUUUGGCGAGUCGGCUGGCGGUGCCUCAGUUGACCACUACACCCACGCCUUCGCCUCCAACCCCAUCAUCGCCGCCGCCAUCUCCAUGUCCGGCACCGUCACGGGCAUCCGGCCUCGUCCGGCCGCCGACGCCGCCUACAUCUGGUACAACACCACGACGGCCCUCAACUGCGGCGACGCCAGCACCACCCCUCCCUCCCAAAUCCUCUCCUGCAUGCAAUCCGCCACCCCGCACCAAAUCGUCGCCACCCUCCGCAACGUAAUCAACUCCCCAAUCCCAAUGCCCUACUCCCCGACCGUCGAUGAGACGCUCGUCUUCUCCUCCCCGCAAACCCACCCCGUCGCAAUGAUCCCCCUACUCAUCGGCAACAACGACAACGAAGCAGGUCUCUUCCGCGUCUUUCUCCCGCCGCUCUUCCCAGACAAUGUCACAAGGGAAGAAGAGUUCUGGCACGGGGACAACCAGUCCAAAUUCAGCUGCCCCGCGGGCGCCAGGGCGGCGCGCAGUGCGAGGGAGGGGAACCCGACGUGGCGGUAUCGCUGGCACGGGGUGUUUGCGAACACGGAACUGGCGACCAGGCCGCCGAGUGGUGCGUAUCAUUAUAGUGAGGUUGGGGUGUUAUUUGGGACGUUGAAGGGGAAUACUAGAGAGGAAGAGACAGUUGGGAGGUGGAUGAGGGGUGCUUGGGGCGCUUUUGCGAGGGAUCCGGUAAAGGGAUUGGAGAGGUAUGGACGAGGAAAGGGGAAGGGGUGGCCUAGGUAUGACGAGGAAGGGAAGACGUUGGCGAGGAUUGGGUUGGAGGGACGGGAGGUGAGCUUUGUGAGGGGGGACUUUUAUGAUGCAGGGUGCUGA